AAAUUAGCAGACUAUAUGUACAGCUACACAGCCUACCCCAAAGGCCUUCAGACUGGUCAGGUAGCAGAGGCUUUAGUGAAAAAGCACCCAUGUCUGACAGAACCAGGCAGUCGUAAUGGAUGGAUAGGAUGGAUGUAUAGUCUCAAGUACAAGAUGGGAAAUUACAGAUCAAAGCUCAGAAGUUUUGGAUUCCCUGAGGUUACCUGCAACUCAUUUAAGAACAAGCACCCUGAUGACCAGUCUCCUGCAAAAAAUAUAGAGAAAGCAAGGAAAGGAGAAGUGCUGUUUCUUCCACACUAUCCAGUAGGAGACAGCAAGGAACAGCAAGAGCUGGACUGAUGUCAAUUAAUUGCCAAAUCAAAGAAGAAAGACAGCACAGCCAUCAAGGACUUGAUGUGUAGAACAUUCGCACAUAGAAGACAUGAUGUCGUUACCCUACUCAAUAUCUCAAUACCCUGCUCAAUACCCUGCUCAAAUGAGUACUCUUCUUCAGCUGGCAGAGGAGGUGAUGAAGAUAUACCUGCUGCGGAAUCAAGAAGAGUCAAGUGAAGAAUCUCCUGAUGUAGGGAUUGUGAUUGAGGGCACCACUGUCCUCAGCGGUCUUGAGGAUCUUAGCAGAGCCUGUUGCUAUUUGUUGGGACUGACCUAUGCCUUGGAUCUGAGAUACCCCAAGAAUCUCAAAUACAGUUUUGAGUUUUUCCAAAAAGUACUGCUGGAGCUGGAUUCUGGAAACCUUUCCACUAAGGUUCAAAGAUUCAAAAACUACCUGCAUGUGUAGUUUCAAAGUACUGAUCAGAGAAAUCUUGCUGUUGGAAUUUUCCAUUGUCAAUGUAUAUCUGAGGGAAGAGUCCACUGUUCUCUUUAAAUGCAGGUGGAUAUUUCCAGUGGUAAAAUACUAUUUGGACUGGAAUUGAUUACUUGUUUAAAACCCAUCUUCUAUACCAUUUUGAGUUUUUGAAUCACAGCCUGGGAUUUGACAAGAGACUAAUACAAAAUGUGAAAUGUAGCAUUUGUCCUCAAUUAGCAAUUUCAUAUUUUAAGCCUGUUAACUCUUUUCAAGAUAAGAGA